CGUUCAAUGUCGCGCUCCCCCUACCUGCAUAUACACCUUCGAUCACUCUCAUCUUUCUUCACUUGAAUUGCAUUGCUAGCUAUUCUUCAGCCAUUUUUUUUGCUGUGGAGUUUCAGCGCAUUUGUAGCAAUGGUGAAGAAGUAUCCGGCGAUGAGCAAGGAGUACCAGGCGGCGCUGGAGAAAUGCAAGAAGAAGCUCAGAGGUUUGAUCGCCGAGAAGAACUGUGCUCCGAUCAUGCUGCGUUUGGCAUGGCACUCAGCUGGAACAUAUGAUUGGAAAACAAAAACAGGAGGGCCAUUUGGGACAAUCAGGAACCAUGAAGAGCUUGCUCAUGGAGCUAACAAUGGCCUCGACAUUGCUGUUAGGCUGCUGGAGCCAAUCAAGGAACAAUUCCCUAUUCUUAGCUAUGCUGAUUUUUACCAGCUAGCUGGUGUUGUUGCAGUUGAAGUAACCGGAGGGCCGAAGAUUCCUUUUCAUCCUAGAAGACCAGAUAAACAUGAAUCACCACCGGAAGGUCGCUUGCCUGAUGCCACCAAAGGCACUGACCAUUUGAGGGAAGUUUUCGGGCACAUGGGAUUGAGUGAUAAAGACAUUGUCGCUCUAUCUGGUGGACACACUCUGGGUAGGUGCCAUAAAGAGAGGUCAGGUUUUGAGGGACCGUGGACAUCUAAUCCCCUUAUAUUCGACAACUUUUACUUCAAGUAUAAGCUAUUCAUACUCUUGAUUUUUGAAUUGUUUGCAUCAUUCUAUUUCAUUGUCAUUGAUGAGCUGCACCGCCUUGCUGAAUAUAGGGAACUUGUGAGUGGGGAAAAACAAGGUCUGAUCCAGCUGCCAUCUGACAAAGCUCUGCUGGAGGAUCCCGUCUUCCGCUCUUAUAUCAAAAAAUAUGCUGCAGUAAGAUGACUGUUAAGUUGUACGCGUUUAGGUUUCGCUGAUUGUAUGUACAUUUGGACUAGGAUGAGGAUGCUUUCUUUCAAGACUAUGCAGAAGCUCAUUAAUUUGAAGCUCUCUGAGCUCGGGUAAGUUUUUGCCCCGUUUGAAUAAAUUGGGGCGGGCGGAAUGCAAAACGGAUCCUGAUAUCUUCUUAAUGAGCAUAUGGAUCAUAUGCAUAUUGAGUCAUUGACUAAAUAUUAUGAAUAUUAGUAGUACUAAAAUUUUGGUUGGUUGAUGAUCCAAAAAGGCCCAUAUUCGAGAUUUGAUGAUUGUUUUGAAUUACAUCUGAUGGCAAAAAUGAUAUUAUUAUAUAUGUAAUUACUCUUUUAUUUGUUCACCAGUAGAUUCGCGGAUGCCGAGUAGGCGAGUAAAGUGUAUGAUGGAGGAUUGGCUGGUCUGCCUAUGACUUUUGCAAUAGUCAAAUUAAGGUUACUUUUUCGUUGGGUAUAUUAGAUUGUCUGUUUUCUUAAGUUGAGUCAAUGCAUGGCUUCGCUUGCUGUCUGUACAUGUAAACAUUCCACAUUAAUAAAUAAUUGUACAACAAU